AUGGCAAUACAACACGAGAAUCGAGUAGAAGCUAAAUCUCGGGGACUCAUCAAAUGUCUCAUUGAUAUUAUUGUUGGUUCUCAUCCAGUUAAUUUUUAUCAUGUCCAGAAAAUUUUACUUUCCAUUAUCAAGCUUUGCGAUUUUGAUUAUGAAAUUAGUGGUAAUGGUUGUAUAUUCACUAAAACUUUGGAAAUAUUGAUUGAUAAUGAUAGUGAUGUGUUAAAAUAUCAUGGAAGAAACCUUACAAUCAAUAUUUUAAAAACUGUUGUUUAUGAUACUGAUAAAAAUUGUAAUGAAGCAAAAGAGGCAACAUUGAAAUAUACGUUGUUCGAUGGACAUAGUUACGUUGUCAAUAUUAAAGAAAAGACAUUGGAAUCAUUUUACAAAUUGGAUAAUAUAUAG